UUCACUCCACAUGUUGAGUCCACAAGGGAUUCGUCUCCAACGUCUCCAAGAGAAGGUGCGCGUGUCCCAAAUCAUAUUUUUAGCAGUAAAUUGCAGCUAUUCCGUGGAGAAACAGACUGAGCUGCUGGGAAGAAAAAACGCAUGCAGGGGGAGGAGGAAUAUCUAGUGACACCGUGAAAUUGCAUUGAACAUGCCAUUCUCUGCUCGGAGGACGUUCAUGCUCCCCAAACUCUCAUCUGCUCGCUGGGUGGAUGCCGCCGCUGACACAGAAGUUUGACGCAGAAAGCUCACAAGUGAAAAGAGUUGUCUCCAGCAGCUUUCGUUUCACGGAGAAAAUAACGGCCUUAUUUUGACCUGUCGUCAUCGCACCAUCAUUUUUAUGACAGCGGUCUCACGAAAAUUCGGAUAUCUGAUGCGCUAUUAAUUUUCUUUUGAGGAAAAAUAACUUGAGAAACAGCGCUUGACCAAAAGAGGUCAACAAAUAAGGAGUACCUUUUUUUGCUCCGGAUAAAGACUUCUAAAAUGCACUUAUUUGGAAUAUCUGUUCUCCUUGCCAAUUCAGCGAUUCUCUACGCAAAUCUAGCCAGUGAAUCGAGUCAUGAAUUCAAUCACGAUUAUUAUGAUUAUGAUCAGGAUCAAGGGGAUGCACGGGAGCCGUCGGAGCCAGACCUUGAGCAGCAGCUGCGCUCCGUGGCCAGUGUUGAGGAACUGAUGAGGAUAGUGUACCCUAACUACUACAGAGUGCUCAGUUGCCGGUCGAAGCGGGGCGCACGCUUCCCCCUGAGAGGGGAACACACAGCCACGGAAACGCGGUCGAGCGGCGAACUGCCGGCGUUCGCUUCCUUGAACCCUGACACACUGAAAAGUAUUGUGUCAGAGUGGAAAAAGACCCAGUGCAUGCCACGAGAAGUUUGUUUAGAUGUGGGGAAAGAGUUUGGGGCGGCUACAAACACCUUCUAUAAACCACCCUGCGUGUCUGUCUACAGAUGUGGGGGCUGCUGCAACAGCGAGGCGCUGCAGUGUAUGAACAUCAGCACCUCCUACAUCAGCAAGACGCUGUUUGAAAUCACAGUUUCCAGCAGGACAAAUAACAACCUAGUGACGAUCAGCUUUGCCAACCACACCGUGUGCAAUUGUCUGUCCAAACUGGAUGCCUACAGACAAGUACACUCCAUCAUACGACGAUCUCUACCAGAAUGUCUGGUAGCCAAUAAAACCUGCCCAAAGAACCACAGCUGGAGCAACCGCUUGUGCAAAUGUAUGGCUGUGCAACGCGACACCCCUCCCCCGCCCCAGACACAACACUCGGACUCGUUUGAAGCGGAUGUCUGCGGGUCAGAUAAGGAGUUGGACGAGGAGACGUGCCAGUGUGUUUGCAGGCGACAGCUCCGGGCCUCGGGCGCAUGCGGACCCCACCGCUACCUGGAUAAGAACACGUGCCAGUGUGUGUGUAAGACGCUCCCCUCGUCCUGUGGGCCGCACCAGCUUUUCAAUAAAGACACGUGCCAGUGCUCCUGCGCCAGGACGUGCCCCAAGCACCAGCCGCUCAACCGCACCAAGUGUGCCUGCGAGUGCAACGAGUCACCCAACAGGUGCUUCCUGAAAGGCAAAAGGUUCCACCAGGCCACCUGCAGCUGCCACAGACCACCUUGUGACGUGCGGAGGAGUCGACGCUGUGCAUCAGGUUUUUACUUCAGUGAGGAGGUCUGCCGGUGCGUACCAACAUACUGGAGAGGACAGGAUUAACUUUGAGUUCACAUUAUGCAGCUGACCUUCUACCCGGUUAUAAUGAUUAGAAUCUAUUAUGCUAGCCGCAAACGUGUGGAGAAGUACCUAGCCUGGACCUAGGUCGGGAAAUGGUUGAAAGGACACAUAGUUUGUGGGCUACUUUGGAAUUAUAAAGUGACACUUGGGAAAUAUUAAGGACAUAUUGAUGUGAACCCCAAAUAUCAUGAGAGGAUCUAAUGAAAAGACUGAAGGAUGGGGAGAAAUUGAAGGCGAAGCCUUUUUUUUGUUAUUUUGUAUUUGUUUGUUAUUCGUAUGUCAGAUAUUGAUGAUAUAAUUUAUUGCCACUAAAUGUUUGCAACCUUUUUGUUUAUUGCAAUUUGAAUCUUUCCAAGAAAAUACACUGUGAUCGAUAUGUGUGCAUCAUGUGAUGCCUCUUUAAAAUAAAAGUUGAAUAUUGUUAACGUAUUUCUAAUCUAGUUUAUCAUAUUGAAUUGUAGUUACUGAUUGUAAAUAACUAAUGUACACACUUAUCUUACAAUUACGAUCAUAAGGCAGGCUAUAUUUACACAACAAAAAUGUCAUUUAAAUUUCCAUAUGAAUUAACACUAAAUAGUAUGUCAUUUCUGUACUGCCAUCCACAGCAUACACAUUUAUGUUAGAUACUUGAAAAUAUACUAUAUAUCACUUGUAUCUUUGGUCAACCACCUCACCAGCCAUACUAACAUUGGACUCUCAGUUCUAGGAUCAGGGCCAUACGUUUUCCCAGGUUUGAACCAUUUUAUGACAUGAUGAGGAUAUCCUAUGAAUCUAAGUCACCAGUAGUAAACCUCCAAGGAAGGGAUACGGUGAACUAAUACAUGAAUCCUGCCUUGUCAAUGAAUGAAUACUACUACUAUAGAAAACCCUAAUCAGCAAAAUGGACCAGGAUAUCCAAUCUACAGUACAGCAGUAUGAAGACCAGUAUGAGAAUGCUACUAAUUCUCUGACCAAAACUCAUUGGACAAUGUGAAUGGAUGUUUCAAAGUCUACCAUGAAUGACACAUCGGGACAAACGGUUACUAAGAUGUUUCUAAGGUGCUGACUCUGUAUGGGUUUAAACAAGAGCAGGUCGAGUUCUUGUUAUAGUGUUGAAGUAUGUUAUGGUCAUUUUCUACGUCAACUGUAUUUCUAUUUGUUCCUGUGUUUUUCUACUAGAAAAUAAAUCACCAAUUUCGCAAGA